AAUGAUAAAAUUUUACUUAUGCCAAUUAUUCCAUCUAACGCGGUUUUAGUUUAUGUUUCAUUGUCGCGGAUGAUACAUCGUCAUGGGGUUGAAAAUAAUACUACUCUUUGUUAAUGUGCUUGUGGUGGUUCAUUGGACUGACGCGUCUAGAAUCUUGGCAGUCUUUCCUACACCGAGUAAAAGUCAUACUAUUUUAGGUUUCAAAUUAGCUGAAGGUUUAUUGAAGAGGGGUCAUCAUGUUACAUUCGUGAGUCCCUUCCAAGUUGAUCCCAAGGAGAACUUGACUCGCAUUGAGUUGAAAAGUAUAUAUAAGUACAAAGAAAAAAUGCCAUUAGGUGCUAUGAAGGAAAGUAACCCACUUUCUAUGAUAAAACAAAGCAUAGAAUUCAUGACAAGAGUGAACGAAUUAUUCUGGGAAGAGCCGGAAAUCCAAAAAAUUAUUGAAGAAAAGCCAAAAUUCGAUGUAGUCAUUCCACUGGCUUUCUUAAGUGAUGCAAUGCUCGGACUGGGUCCUCAUUUGGGAGCGCCUACAAUACUUUUCAAUUGCGUUGGUACCUUCGGCUUAUUGAACUCUUACUUAGCUAAUCCCACAAUGGUCUAUUCGACGAAUCCCAUGUUUGGUAUUUCAACUGAAACUUUUUGGGGAAGGCUCGGAACUGUUUCUGUAAAUAUGCUUGCGUCGAUUCUAAACCACCUAGCCGAUAGAUUCAACCAAGGAUUAUUGGAUAAGCACCUACCAAACUCUCCGCCAAUACACGAACUCAAGAAAAACAUAUCAAUCAUGCUAACUAAUUCACAUGUGAGCAUAGAACCUGCAAGGCCAUACGUACCAAACAUGAUACAAAUUGGUGGUUUUCAUGUACAAGAAACGAAACCUCUACCACAAGAGUUCAAGACAUUUUUAGACGAUGCCAAGCAUGGCGCUAUACUCUUUUGUAUGGGAAGUAACGUCAAGAUAUCCCUGAUACCAGAACACCAACAAAAAGCCAUCUUCAAAGUUUUAGGAGAGAUGGCUCCAAUGAAAGUUAUAUUCAAAUCCGAAUUAAAGCAUGAAAAUGUGCCGAAAAAUAUAAUGGUGAAAUCAUGGAUACCGCAAGCUGACAUAUUGGCACAUCCUAAUACAAAAUUGUUCAUAUCGCACGGAGGGUUAGGUGGUAAUACAGAGAGCGUUUACCAUGGCGUACCAAUUUUAGGCAUACCAUUCUUUGGCGAUCAAGCAACGAAUAUGCAAGAAGCUCAAACAGCUGGUUACGCAUUGGUUCUUAAUCAAAAGGAUAUUACUGAAGAGCUAUUCAGGAACAAACUCAAGGAAAUGCUGAACAAUCCUAAAUAUGCGCAGUCAGUGGAAAGAAGAUCGGCACUGAUGAGAGAACAACCUGUCACACCUAUGGAAAAUGCUGCCUUCUGGAUAGAACACGUUAUUAAAUUUGGUGGCGGUGGUCAUCUAAAGAACCAAGGUGCAAAAUUAAGUUGGUUUCAAUUAUACAUGGUCGACAUAUAUGUUUUCUAUACGGUUGUUUUGAUAUUAUUGGCACUACUCAAUUUUUAUGUCAUCAAAAUUGCUAUCAGAAUGGUGAAAAAGAUUUUUGGUUCCAAAAAGAAAAGUAUCAAACCUAAAAAAGUCAAGAAGUCUUGAGUGAAAAUAGGAGAGAACUAGGAAAUCGAACGAAAGAAAGUGAAACAGAGAAUAUAUUUCGACAAAGAUGUAUUAUUCUAAAAGUUUGUAGAUACGAAUUAUAUUUUUCUA